AUGUCCGACAAUCAUCAACUUGGCGCCGAGCCCAUCGCCAUCGUGGGCAGCGCAUGCCGAUUUCCAGGAGAUGCAACUUCACCCGCCAAGCUCUGGGAGCUGCUCAAGGAACCUCGAGAUUUAUUGACGGAAAUACGCGAGAGUCGAUUCAAUCAUAAAGCAUUCUACCAUCCAGAUGGCUCUCACCAUGGAACCAGCAACGUUCGUCAUUCUUACUUAUUGUCCGAUGAUCACCGGUUGUUUGACGCGCAUUUCUUCGGCACCAAACCGAUUGAAGCCAACUCAAUGGAUCCCCAGCAAAGACUUCUGUUGGAGAUCGUUUAUGAGGGCUUGGAAUCUGCCGGCAUCCCCAUCGAGCGACUGCAAGGAUCCAACACGGGGGUGUAUGUCGGAUUAAUGACAAAUGACUAUGCGGAUCUCUUGGGCAGAGAUAUUCAAAACUUCCCGACAUACUUUGCUUCUGGAACGGCCAGAAGUAUCCUCUCAAACCGUGUUUCCUAUUUCUUCGACUGGCAUGGGCCGUCCAUGACAAUUGACACAGCUUGCUCCUCCAGUCUGAUUGCGGUGCAUCAGGCUGUUCUGAGUCUGCGAAAUGGUGAAAGCAAGGUGGCCGUGGCAGCGGGAACUAAUUUGCUACUGGGGCCGGAGCAGUAUGUGGCCGAGAGCAAGUUGAAAAUGCUUUCUCCUACAGGUCGCUCGAGGAUGUGGGACAAGGACGCAGAUGGAUACGCUCGGGGUGACGGAAUUGCUGCUGUCAUUCUGAAACGUCUGAGCGCUGCGCUGGCCGAUGGCGAUCAAAUAGAGUGUCUCAUUCGUGAGACCGGGAUCAACCAGGACGGGCGCACCAAGGGCAUCACCAUGCCCAACCCCAGUGCUCAAGCAGAUCUCAUUCGAGAAACUUAUGCUAAAGCAGGACUGGAUUUGGCUAAUCCGAGAGACCGUCCGCAAUAUUUUGAGGCCCAUGGAACCGGAACCCCUGCUGGCGACCCGGUCGAGGCCGAAGCUAUCAGCGAUGCUUUCUUCGGACCAGCAGCCAAUUAUAAACGGACCAGUCAAGACACACCCAUGUAUGUUGGAUCGAUUAAGACGGUUAUUGGACAUACUGAAGGCACGGCUGGAUUGGCUGCUGUCCUCAAAGCAUCUUUGGCCUUGCAACAUGCCAUGAUUCCCCCCAACCUCCUUUUCAAUGAACUGAAUCCAUCGGUGCGACCAUUCUAUGAUGAUCUUUUGAUUGCAGACUCUGCAGAGAAAUGGCCAGACCUGACAAGCGAAACAACACGUCGAGCCAGUGUCAACAGCUUUGGAUUCGGAGGAGCCAACGCUCAUGCGAUCUUGGAAGCAUAUGAGAAUUUGCUCACCAACCAGCUUUCUGAAGCCGGAAGAAUUAUGCUGACACCUUUCAAUUUUUCUGCCUCCACUGAGAAGUCGCUCCUCACGACUCUCAAAGCAUUUGCAGCAUAUCUCAAAGGCCGAAGCAAUGUGGAUCUCCACGAUCUAUCAUGGACUUUGAAUUGUCGUCGCUCGACAUUGCCUGUUCGAGUAUCUAUAUUCGCCUCGAGUGCCACCGAAUUGACCGCAAGCCUGGACAGAGCUGCCAGUUCACCCUCAGAACUCACGCCAGCAACGCAAACAAGGAGCAUCAAAAAGCCCAAGCUGCUUGGAAUAUUCACUGGCCAGGGUGCUCAAUGGGCCCGGAUGGGAGCUGAGCUGCUGAAGAACUCUUCGUUAGCUGCCGAUUGUAUCGCCUGUCUUGAUUUGUCCCUUCAAGCACUCCCGGAAGAUGAUCGUCCCAUGUGGUCCCUUAAAGACGAAAUUCUGAAGGAUAUAGGCUCAUCUCGUAUCGGCGAAGCUCUUUUCUCGCAAACACUUUGUACCGCUGUACAGGUAAUGCUUGUCGAUCUACUGCGCGUGGCAGGCGUCUUCUUCACGGCUGUUGUUGGUCACUCAUCCGGUGAGAUUGCAGCGGCCUAUGCUGCUGGUUACCUUUCCGCCGAGGACGCCAUUAGGAUAGCGUAUUACCGAGGGUGCUCACUUCAGAAUCCACCAGAUCGGGCUGGAGCCAAGGGUGCAAUGAUGGCAGUUGGGACGUACCUUGAAGACGCCGAAGAACUUUGCAGUAUGCCAACUCUCGAGGGUCGAAUAUGCGUUGCUGCCAGCAACUCGUCUGCCAGUGUUACACUAUCUGGGGAUUCCGAUGCUAUCGAGGAGGCCAAGGAGAUCUUUGAAGACGAAAAGAAGUUCGCGCGCCUGCUUAAAGUGGACAAAGCAUACCACUCCCACCACAUGAUUCCCUGUGCCGCUCCGUACAUUGAAGCCAUGCAAAAAUGUGGUAUUAUGAUCCAGAGCCGGUCUUCAAGCAAGACCAAAUGGUUCUCCAGUGUUUACAGCAAGGACAUAGAUGAUGUUCAUGACAGCUUGACUGACACGUAUUGGAGCAACAACAUGAUCAAUCCUGUGAUGUUCUCCCAGGCUCUGAGCUUCGCUGUUGCUGCUGCCGGGCCCUUUGACUUUGUUUUGGAAAUAGGACCCCACCCAGCGCUGAAAGGGCCUGCCUUGCAGACAAUCCAGGAAGUGUCUGGCAACAUGCCGCCUUACUCUGGAAUGCUGAGUCGGGGCAAAAGUGACAUCGAGACUUUUGCUUCUGCCCUUGGCGCUUUGUGGAUUUCACUCGGCGAGGAUGCGGUUAAUUUUGCAGAUUUUGAGAGCAAAGCCUCGCUACAUACUCGCAACCGAAGACUUUUGAAAGGGCUUCCCGCUUACUCGUGGGACCAUGAUCGCAUUUAUUGGCAUGAGUCUCGCAUCUCAAGUACCUUCAGAGCUGGAAAUCAGAAAUUCCACCCUCUCUUGGGUGUCAAAUGUCCCGAUGGAACAGACAAAGAGCUUCGUUGGAGAAACUACUUGAAUCCACGUGAAAUUCCAUGGCUGAUGGGUCAUCAGGUGCAAGGUCAAAUGGUCUUUCCUGCUGCAGGAUACAUUUCAGCAGCAACAGAAAUGGCAGUAGAGCUAUACGGGUUAAAUUCGAUAAACCUGAUUGAUUUCCAGGAUGUGAUAAUUGGCCAAGCCUUGAUAUUGGAAGAAAAUUCCGGAGUUGAAGUUAUUUUUACUCUCACGGUCACUCAGAAUAACAGCAACACCUUGGUGGCGUCAUUUAAUUGCUACUCCGACGCCAACAAAGGAUCAUCUUCAAUGUCUCUCCAUGCGUCAGCUCAGGUCCGAAUUUUUCUCGGCGAACCAACACACGAUGCAUUGCCACCACCCUCUAGAGACCUUAACUCAUUCUUGGAACUUGACGCUGAGCGAUUUUAUAACUCAGUAGCAGAACUCGGAUACGAUUAUACCUCGCCGUUCCAAGCACUUUCUGGGCUGAGCAGAAGAAUGGAUGAAGCUGCCGGUAUGAUAGCUGUACCAACCAAUGACAGUGCCGAGGCUCCUUUGAUCAUCCAUCCGGCUUCUUUGGAUGCUGCCAUCCAGUCUGUCAUAUUGGCUUAUUGUUUCCCUGGCGAUGGACGCUUGCGCAAUCUGUCCCUACCAACUAAGAUUGAUCGGAUCCGAAUCAACCCAUGGAGCUGCGUGGCACUGGCUCGACCGGAUACAAAUGUUCGGUUUUACUCCGCAGUCGCGAACUGUAGAUUUGCGGAGCUAUCAGGUGACGUGGACAUAUACUCUGCAGAUCGACGAUAUACAGUUGUCCAGCUUCAAGGGCUCCAUACAACUCCGCUAACUCCUCUGUCAUCUGCGACCGAUGUAACAAUGUUCACAGAACUUACAUGGGCCCUCGAGGAACCUACUGGAAGGAAAAUGUACUUUGCGGAUUGGUUCAAAGAGGAUAUUUCACAAUCCUUGGACCUUGAACGUGUUGCGCAUUUCUAUCUCAAGAAAUUACACUAUUCCUUCCAGCAGACGGAUCAUUCGGGGAUUGCAUGGCACCACCAACACCUCCUUUCUUACGCCACUCAUUGCGUGUCGCUUGUCGCUUCUGGAAAUCACCCAUUUGCGCGACCGGAAUGGGCUCAUGAUACCAAAGAAACGAUUUCAGAGAUUCUACAAAGACAGCAAGAUAGCAUUGAUGUCAGGUCCAUGACAGCUGUGGGCGAGAUUCUUCCUUCAAUUGUUCGGGGGCAAAUAAACCUGCUGGAUACUUGGAUGCAGGAAAACAUGCUCUCGGAUGUUUAUUUCAACGCACUUGGGGCGCAGUCUUACUUGAAUGAGGUAGCUCGGAUCGCCGGUCAGAUCAGCAAUCGCUAUCCGCAUAUAAAUGUCUUGGAAAUCGGUGCGGGUGCUGGCGAGUCUACCGAAGCCGUACUUCGUGAGAUGGAUACAGCGUUUGCUUCCUACACAUAUACGGACCUCAUGGACUCUAUGUUCGAUAUCGCCCGAGAGAGGUUUGACAAGUACCAGGCACGAAUGGCUUACAAAGUUCUCGAUAUUGAGAGAGACAUAGCUGAGCAAGGAUUCUCCGAGCAGUCGUAUGAUGUUCUCAUUGCAACUUUCAGUCUUUAUGCAACCAGGAAUCUUGAAGCUACACUUCGCAAUGUUCGUCGACUGCUCAAACCUGGAGGAUAUUUCAUUUUAAUGGAACUGACGGAUCCGAAUGUGAUGCGAUUCGGCUUGACUCUUGGUGGACUUCCCGGCUGGUGGCAAGGGCAUCAAGAAGGGCGAGUUUUGUCGCCAUGCAUUUCUGUUGAGAGGUGGAGCGAGCUCAUGAGCAAGAGUGGUCUCUCCGGUGUCGAUGCCUGUGUGCCUCAUCACCCAGACCUACCAAUCCCCUUCUCGGUCAUGGUAACUCAAGCCGUGGACAGUCGCAUCAGCUUCCUGCGCAAUCCAUUGAUGCAAAAUGAAGAUGUUCUCGGGGCUGAAAGUCUCACAAUAAUUGGUGGAAAGACCGCUAAGACCGCUACGAUCAUCACAGACAUCAUUAAUGCAGUUGGUCGACACUAUGGCACCAUCGGUGUUUCUCCUUCUUUCGACGACAUUAUCCCUGACCAAAUCCCAACGAUGGGGACUCUUCUCAGCUUGGCUGAGCUGGAUGAUCAUGUUUUUGUUUCCAUGACUCCGAUGAAAUUGAGGUCGCUCCAAGAGUUAUUCACGCAAUGCAAGAUCAUCCUAUGGGUGGGAUACGGUGCCCAAGGAGAUAACCCAUUUGCGCAUAUGUUCACGGGUGUGCAAAGAACCCUCGUCAUGGAGAUGAAUCAUCUACAAAUUCAGUCCCUUAACUUGCAUACCCUUGAUGAUGCCAAGGGUGACCUGAUCGCACUCAGACUGCUUCGCCUUCAAGCCACCGACAUUUGGAGUCAAGAGGGUAAAAUGAACGAAAUAUUGUGGUACAUGGAGCCAGAAAUGACCCUGAGAGAUGGAAAGACCCUCAUCCCAAGAUUCAGACCGAGCCCAGAGCGAAAUGAUAGGUACAACUCCACAAAGCGGCUCAUUCUCAAGAUUGUCAAUGGAAAACAGUCUGCUGUCAGCAUUCAGAAGUCUGAGAGAGGCUACCAAGUUCUAGAGACAAGUCAUCCUCCCAGCUCAUUCCUCUCUGUUGACCAAUUUGAGAUUGAAGUCACAGACUCUCUACUCCGCCCCGUCCCAAUUACCCAGACAGUAAAGUUAUUCCUGGUGACCGGAAAUGACGUUCGGGAUGGUAGCCAGGUAGUUGUAUUGUCCGAGACAUUGGACUCCCGCAUCAGAGUACCUGGCUCUUGGGUCAUCAAAUGCGGGGAGUCCGCAGACAAUGCAGUUUGCUCGAUGCUCAGUCUUUAUGUUCAUUUCUUGGCCCAGUACAUUGUCAAGAGGGUUCUCCCAGGGAAGACAGUGGCUGUCCUGGAUGCGGACUUUUCAAUGGCGGCUGUGUUGACACAGUACGCAAAUCAGCGAGGUGUCAACUUGGUUCUGUUUACAACAACCGAGGGCAUUUUAUCAUGGCCAUGGGUUCAUAUUCAUCGCCAUAUGACGCGCCGAGAUUUAAUGAACAAAGUAACAGACAGUGUCGCUCUGUUGUUCAACGCCGGGGGCGAUGAGCUUGUUAUGUCAGCCCUGAAAGAGAUACUGCUUAAGGACUGUCUCGUUGAAAAUGAAGAUACUGUUACCGGAGAGCCAGCCCGGUUCUCAUCCUUGUCAGCAAUGGACCAAGUGUUCUCGCAAUUACAAAAAACCUGGACCAGAGCUUACAAUGACCAAACGCCAAUUAACAUGCAGAAAUAUAGGAAGUUAGGCUUGAAGGGCCUCAUUGAAGGUAACCGAGAAUCACUUUCCCAAUGUUUAGUUUCUUGGGACAGCUCUCGUCUUCCUGCCCAAAUUCGCCCUGCUACUAAGGUGGCUACAUUUGCAAAGGACAAGACAUAUUGGCUGGUUGGCCUGACCGGUGGGCUUGGUCUUUCUUUGUGCAAGUGGAUGGCCCGUCAAGGCGCUCGAUAUAUUGCUCUAUCCAGCCGCAAUCCCAAGAUUGACGAUGAUUGGGUUCGAGGUAUAGCACGAAACGGCUGUACUGUACGCGUUUUCUCAUUAGAUAUCACGGACCGUGAUUCUGUUUACAAUACUCAUCGCCGGAUACUCCAAUCUAUGCCUCAAAUCGGAGGUGUUGCGCAGGGGGCCAUGGUUCUUCAAGAUACGAUGUUCCUUGAUCUAGACGUCAGUCGCUAUGACAAGGUAAUCAAGCCGAAGGUCAAUGGCAGUCUCUUGUUAGAUGAACUUUUCCCAGAAAAUACCUUGGAUUUCAUGAUCUUCUUUUCUUCAAUGGCUGCCAUCACCGGCAACCCCGGACAGGUCGCUUACAACGCUGCGAACAUGUUCAUGGCUAGCCUAGCUGCUCAGCGCCGGAAGCGGGGCCUAGCAGGGCAAGCGAUCAAUAUAGGUGCCAUAGUGGGCAAUGGAUAUGUCACGCGGGAGUUGAACAUGGCUCAGCAAUCGUAUCUGUACCGAGUUGGUCACUCGUGGAUGGCUGAACAAGAUUUCCAGGAGGUAUUUGCGGAAGGUGUCCUCGCUUGUCAAGACGGAGCUAGCAGCCUUGCGCCGUGCAGUGGCCUUCGAAUCGACGAUGACGACUCAAAGAACUGGGUGUCUAACCCCAUGUUCCAACAUCUCGUGUUCAAAUCCAACACGCUCGUCGCGGGGGAUAAGAAGAACAAGGCAGGGGUUACUGUGAGAAUUCGUCUUCUUGAGUCGACCUCUCAGGGCGAAGUAAUGGAGGUUUUACAAGAAUUCUUCCUACAAAAGCUCGAAUCUGCUUUGCAAGCUGACUCCAAAAGGCUUAACCUUGAUUCGAGCCCCGAUGAACUGGGAGUUGACUCCUUGAUCGCUGUUGACCUUCGAUCGUGGUUUAUCAAGGAAUUGGGUGUGGACAUCCCCGUGCUAAAGAUUUUCAAUGCGGCAUCAAUUCGCAAUCUGCUUGAUGUAGCAGCAAGUCUUCUUUCUGAGUCCUUAGUUCCAAACCUCACUGAAGAAGGGGAAGUUGACGCAAAAGCGCCCAUGGAACCUCAGACAGAGCAGCGGAAAUCUGAAAGCCCCAUUUCAUCUGAAGAAACUCCUGAAAUUGUGCCAAGUUCAGGAGGAUCGGAUGAGAUCAAGAGCUUCCACCUCGAGUAUCUGCCAGCUGUUGGUCAAGAAAGUGGAACUGGCAGCUCACAUGCAUCGUUGAAAGGAGGUGACUCCGGCUCGGAUCAGAGCGAGGAUAAUUCUUCGGCAUCGUCACUCGAUAUUGAGGAGCCCAUGACUUCAAUGCGUCGGGUCGAAAGAAUCACUCCAAUGUCGUUUGGACAGUCCCGAUUUUGGUUUUUGAGGCUUUUUGUGCCAGAUCAGACUGCAUUCAAUGUGACCCCUACUUUUGAGCUCAUUGGAAGGCUCCGAGUGGAUCAUUUUGCAAGAGCAGUCAAGGCCAUUGGUCAACGUCACGAAGCCUUGCGGACAUAUUUCUUCACAGAUGACAAGAAUCAACAUAUGCAAGGUAUAUGGUCAGAAUCAUCAUUAAGAUUGGAACAUAGAUUUGUUGCCACCGAGAUCGAAAUUGAGAAUGCUGCUGAACGGAUGAAGAACCACGUUUUUGAUGUGGCUAGAGGAGAAAUAUUACGAGUCCAAGUUCUUUCUUCGACACUUGAUCAUCACUGGGUCAUCUUCGGGUUUCACCACAUCAAUAUGGACGGGAUGAGCUUCGAAGUUUUAUGGUCUGAUAUUGAGACCAUGUACAAAGGACUGCCUUUGAUACAAGAUACACUGCAAUAUCCAGACUUUGCAGAAAGGCAACGACGUGAGCUCGAUACGGGGGCUUGGUCAGAAGACCUAAGAUUUUGGCGAGAGAAUUUUGCAGAAAUUCCAUCUGCAAUUCCAUUGCUUCCAUUUUCCUUGAAACUAGCACGGCCGGCGGUUUCAAGCUUUUCCUCCCACAAGACACAUUUUCGGCUCGAGCGAAGUCUGUCGGACGACGUUGAAGAAUGCUGUCGAACGUUCAAAGUGUCUCUUUUCAAUUUCUACUUCACAGCCUGGCAGAUUCUUCUUCUACGUUUCUUCGAUGUUGAUGAUAUUUGCGUUGGUCUUGCCGAUGGUGGGCGCACUGAUGGUGAUAUUCUGCAAAGUGUCGGCCUUUUCUUGAAUUCACUUCCGAUCAAAUUCCACCGGCAGACCUCUCAGUCAUUUAGCGAGGCUCUGAGGGAUACCAGGAAAAUCACGCAAGAUGCAAUGGUACACUCGCGGGUGCCUUUCGACGUGCUUCUCGCGGAGCUCAAUGUCCCCCGAUCAGCAUCCCACAAUCCGCUGUUCCAGGUCUUUUUCAAUUACCGGAGGAUUCAAGAAUCUCGCAAUUUCUGUGGCUGUGUGGCAAAAGGGUCGCUGUUUGCAAGCGGCGAGACUUCAUAUGACAUUCAUCUGGAUAUCGUCGACUUCGGGAAUGAAGGAAUAGAGGUGUACGUUCUCGCCCAGGAAGACCUUUACGCCCCCGAACAUGCGGACAUUCUUCUUCGCAGCUACUGCAACCUGCUUCGAGAAUUCACGAAAAACCCUGCAACUAGAGUAUCUUGGCCUUCUUUGUUCUCCAGCGACGAUGUUAAUGCAGCAUUGGUCGCAGGGCGAGGCCCCGAAUUGCGAGGUCGAUGGCCAGGCACAAUUUUGCAUCGAGUAGAUGAUAUCUCCCAAGCUUACGGCGAUCAUAUAGCCUUGAAAGAAGAGAACGGUGUUGAGAUUACCUACUCUCAACUUCAUGGCCGUGUUGGAUCGAUCGCAUAUGAGCUUCUCAGCAAAGGGUUCAGUGCUGGGACUCGUGUCGGGGUGUUUCAGUCGCCCGGAGCAAACUGGAUAUGCUCCCUUCUGGCCAUCAUGCGCACUGGAGCAACUUACGUUGGUUUAGACAAGAAGGUUGGCAUGGAACGGCUGGCAAUGAUUGCCACUGAAUCUGAAAUUGCAGCCGUUCUCGUGGACACUUCCACUGUGUCAGAUUUCCACCUCCUCCACAGCAGAGCAGAAAUGCUAGUUGUUCGCACUCUCUCAAAUAUUCCUCAAGUCACGGUGCCAAACAUGGCGACCUCAAGCCAAACGGCCAUCGUGAUGUAUACAAGUGGCUCGACAGGCAAGCCAAAAGGAAUUUCACUAUCCCACGACGGCUAUUUGCACCACAUCCAAGCAUUCAGUCACACAUUGCGGCUUCAGGAAGGCAAAGAAACAGUUCUUCACCAGUCUUCGUACGCAUGGGAUAUGUCCUUGUACCAGAUAUUUGUUUGUCUCUGCAAUGGCGGAACCCUCGUAAUUGCUAACAGUUCUACUCGUGGCGAUCCUGUCGCCAUUGCCAGUCUCAUUGCAUCGCACAAUGUGACUACUACUCUUGCCACGCCAACGGAGUAUCUCGCAUGGAUUCGGUACGGCAGUUCGGCGCUGCAGCACUCAAAGCUGAUCACGAGCAUGUCUGGUGGAGAAUUCCUGUCUGAUGUUGUGAUCAAGGAGUUCCAAUCGCUUCGUAAAUUUGACCUGAAGCUCAUCAAUGCCUAUGGUCCUGCGGAGGUCUCUUUGGCAUGCUCUGUUGGAGAAGUGCCAUACACCACAGUGCGCUUAGCUGACUCCGGCAACACCUCAUGGCUAUACACGUUGCCAAACUACUCGAUUUACAUCGUGGAUGAUGACCUGAAACCUGUUCCUAUUGGAGUACCCGGUGAGGUUGUUGUGGGUGGUGCAGGUAUUGCACAGGGCUACCUUGAGGAUGACAAGACCAGCGAACGUUUCUUGUUAGAUCUACAUGCUAGUCCCUUCUUCCAAGAGCAAGGGUGGACAAAGGCGUUUCGCACAGGUGACCGGGGGCGGCUCACACAAGAUGGCAGCCUAGUCUUGCUGGGACGCAUCAACGGUGAUAACCAGAUCAAGCUUGGAGGCAUUCGCAUCAACGUCGAAGAGAUCGAGACCGCCAUUCUUCGCGCUUCGGGCGACAUCAUUUCCCAAUGCGUGGUGUCACCUCGUUCCAACACCCAGCAUAACGAGGUUCAGACCUACCUGGUCGCGUUUGUGGUUUUGGCCGAGACCAGAAACCCUGAAGAUACGAACGAACUCCUCGAUCGAGUUGCAACGAAUUUGUCAUUGCCACAAUACAUGCGACCAUCAGCCACCAUCCCGUUUCCUUCCCUUCCACAGAGUGCAUCCGGAAAGGUCGAUAGACUUGCUGUUAGCAGAAUUCCCAUCCCCAUAUUGGGAUCUCAACAAAGCAGUGAGCGGACAUUUGCGCCACUUGAGAAGACUUUGCGUCAGCUUUGGCAGGAAGCAAUUCCACGGGAUAUUGUCUCACGCUACCUCAUUGGUCCUGCAUCGGAUUUCUUCCACGUCGGUGGCAGUUCGCUCUCCUUGGUGACCCUGCAGGCUCUUGUGAAGGGUCGCCUGGGAGUCUCCAUCUCCUUACAUCAGCUUUUCGAAGCAAGCACUUUCCAGGGGAUGGCCCACCGAAUUCAAAAUAUUUCUGCGGCUGCCCACUGUGUUCCGGUUGAUUGGGAUGAAGAGAUCGAGUCGUUGAUAGCGUCUUCUUCCAGGCAGCUGGAUAUCAACACUCAGAUCGCGCCUCAUGGGGCACAAGCAGUGGUGUUGACUGGCGCAACCGGCUUCAUCGGGAAAGAAAUUGUUCGGCAGCUUAUUGACGACGACCGAGUCCAGGCGAUAUACUGCAUCGCCGUCAGGAAGCCACAGUUGUCACCUAUUUUCAAUAACCGGAAGGUCCACGUAUACCCGGGCGAUUUGGGGGCUUCUCAACUCGGUCUUUCAGAUUCCGAUGCAGCAUCCAUCUUCUGCCGUGCGGACGUGAUUAUCCACAAUGGAGCUGAUGUUUCCUUCAUGAAAACGUACCAGUCCCUCAAGUUGACUAAUGUGGCCUCGACCGUGGAGCUUGUGAAGCUCGCCUUGCCCCGGCGUAUUCCUUUCCACUUCAUUUCAUCGGCAAGUGUCACGCGCCUUUCUGGCCAAGACAGCUUUGGAGAGAAGUCUGUGACUUCGUACUAUCCGCCCGUUUUUCCUGAAGAUGGAUACGCUGCAGUCAAAUGGGUCGGCGAGGCAUAUGUCGAGCGUUUCAAUCAACAGUUCGCACUCCCGGUUUGGAUCCACCGCCCAUCGAGCGUGACCGGAACCGACGCACCCGAACUUGACCUGAUGAGCAAUAUGAUGAAGUUCUGUCGGGAAAUCAAAAAGAUUCCGGACUCGGGCUCGUGGUCGGGGGUCUUUGAUUUCAUCGCUGUACAGUCCGUUGCCUCUCAAAUCAUUAAUGCCGUCCACCUGUCAGGUGGGGCGGUGGCAGACUCGAGUCGCGUCCACUACCAACAUGAGUGUGGUGAGAUUCGGGUUGGGAAAGAGGAGGUUCAAGCUAUGAUGGAAACGGACACGGGGCAUCGGUUUGAAGUGAUUCCACUCAACGAGUGGGUUGAUCAUGCUGAAGAUGCGGGGAUGAGCAACUUGCUGGCAGUUUACUUGCGCAAGGCUGCAGAUGGACAAAUCCAUUUGCCGAGGUUGUUGAAAGGGCGGGACGAUAGCGGUCAUAGAUGA